AUGAGCGCCGUCCCAUCGAUCUCCUCGUUCCGUUCGGUGCGCGGUGCGGCGGUGCCGGUGCCUUCCCUCUGCGCUAACGAGGCCUGCGCAGUGGCAGACGAGGCCUUCCAGAGGUACACGUCGCCGAGCUUGAGGAGAGGCGGCGUCGGGGUGGCCGUCGUGUGGUUCAGGAACGACCUCCGAGUUCUUGAUAAUGAGGCCCUUCUGCGCGCGUGGGCGGCUUCUGAGGCGGUCCUGCCGGUGUACUGCGUCGAUCCACGGGUCUUUGCCGGGAGCACGCAUUACUUUGGGCUCCCCAAGACGGGAGCAUUGAGGGCGCAGUUCUUGAUAGAGUGUUUAGGAGACCUGAAGCAGAGUCUGAGGAAAAAGGGCCUCGAUUUGCUAGUCCGGCAUAGCAAGCCUGAAGAGAUCCUUCCAUCAAUUGCAAAGGCUGUCAGUGCACACACAAUUUAUGCUCACAAGGAAACCUGUAGCGAAGAGCUCCUUGUCGAACGCCUCGUGAGCAAAGGCUUGGAACAAGUUCAGAUUGGUCAAGGAGGAGCAUCUGUCCCGAAGAAACCUCUGAACCCCAGGUUGCAGCUCAUCUGGGGAGCAACAAUGUACCACAUCGAUGACCUCCCGUUCCCAGUUAACAACUUGCCAGACGUGUACACGCAGUUCAGAAAGUCUGAGAAAGGAAUGCAUUUCAUAGGAGGAGAGAAAGCAGCUCUUGGUAGAGUACAUGAGUACUUCUGGAAGAAGGAUCAGUUGAAAGACUACAAGGUGAAGAGAUAUGAGAAGCAAAGAGUGGCAAAUGAUUCUACAUAUUGGGUUUUAUUUGAGUUGAUAUGGAGAGACUACUUCAGAUUUCUAUCAGCAAAAUAUGGGAACGCCAUAUUUCACCUGGAUAUGGGUAUUGAUUGGCGAAUGGGAGCCGAAUGGUUCGAGACAUGCUUAUUGGAUUAUGACCCAGCUUCAAAUUAUGGCAGUUGGACAUAUGGAGCAGGAGUUGGCAAUGAUCCGCGAGAAGAUCGAUACUUCAGUAUCCCAAAGCAAGCCAAGACAUAUGAUCCCGAAGGGGAGUACGUUGCAUACUGGUUAACAGAACUUCGGUCGCUCACAAAGGAAAGGAGAAAUUUCCCAGGGGCCUCAUACAUCAGGCAGAUAGUACCACUGAAGUUUGACGGUGAAAACCAGAAGGAUCAGCAAUUCAACCAGCAGAGAAGACCAAACAUGUACAGAAGACAAGUAAAAUAG